AUGUCCAUCUCAAGGACGCCACCUACUCCGGGGGUGACCAAGAAAGGGCAGGAGGACCUUGAGGGCCUCAAGGAGCGAGUCACCGAAGAUGCAAAGUCAGAAGUUAAGGGGUCGAAGACAGAUAGGAGGGCGCGGGCAGAGGCAGCGUACGACAGAAAUAUGGAAGAAACGUUGAGGCAGCUGGAUGCACUCGAGUGCGCCAUUCAGGGGGCAUCAAACACUAAGAGCGAUAUUAAAAUGAUUGCCAGGUCGCUGGGAAUUGCCAUCAGAGACCUCUAUAAUGGUGCAAAGGCCAUAGGUAUGGUUAGGUCUCCGGAUUUAGUGGAGCAGCGCGUCCAUAGCGGUCAGCAGCAGUUGAUGGUGCACCAGAAUAGGAUGAUGGCGGCGAUCCGCGAAGUUCAGAUAACUCAACAGCAGCAGGCGGAAAAGUUGAAGACCUUAGUACCCGAGGAGAAGGGUAAGGAGGUACUCCUGGCGGUAAACGCUUUAGGAGUGGAGCUAGCGGAGCAGCGGGCUGCGGUAGCACGUCUGGAGAAGGGGCAAACUGCCAGACGCGAGGUAUGCCCAGUGGACUGCGUCAUGGAAGGGCUUAAGUCGUUGGAAGAGGAGGUUGGGCAGUUACGCACGGAUGCGAUCGCAAGGGAUGAGGCCGGAGGAAGCUGGUCUACAGUGGCAGGGAGGAAAUCCAAAAGGGAAGGAGGCGUGAAGACAUCUCUAGGCGGUGAGCAGCAGCAGCGGCAGAAGAUCACCAAGUCGUCGAGGACGCGCCCUCCAGCUAUAAUGGUUGAUGUUGGGCCGGACGACUUCCCGGCGGAACCGACAAGGAGGGCGAUAAGGUCCCGGCCCCCGGCCAUUCUGGUCGACGUCAGCCGCGAGGAUUUCCCGGCUCUGGCGAAGAAGAUCCGGCAGGGUGCCGACCGCGAUGUCAUCGGUGACCACGUCGUCUGCAUGCGGCAGGCGAAGGCAGGCGGCUUGCUCAUUGAAGUCCGGGGCGAUACGGCGUCAGUCGAAUCGGUCAGGGCGGAGGUCGCCAGGUCGGCGGGCGAUGGCGUCGCGGUGCGGUCUGUCGAGGCCAGACAAGCCGUCGAGGUGAGGGACCUCGACCAGUGGGCGACCACGGAGGAAAUCCUCGAGGCAGUGGCGGGCGCCGCGGGGGUCGAGAGGGACUCGGCCCGCGUGCUGGGGCUGAGAAGCCAGUUCGGCGGUACCCAGGCCGCCACCAUCUCCGCUCCGGUGGCAGUCGCGCGGAAGCUCCUGUCGGUCGGACGCAUAAGGGUCGGCAUGGUUAGCUGCCGGGUCCGGGAGCGCACGAUGUCGACCCGGUGUUUCCGAUGUCUGGCGUUUGGGCACCUGUCCAGGGCGUGCACAGGUCCCGACAGGGCGAGGUGUUGUUGGAGUUGCGGCCAUUGCGGGCACCAGGCCUCGGCGUGUACGGCCACGGCUGAAGAGAAGGCGUCGUUCGGCGAAGUCCUACGGGUCACGCCAGGCUCCGUGGAGUGCGGAACAAUCGCUAAAUGA